CUCAUUUCACUUGGGACUGUAUGGGGGAUUACAGCGGUGUAUAGUAACAUUGCCACAUAUUUCCACAAAAAGGAUCAGCUGGCACAGGAAAUGAUGGACGAUUCAGCCAUUUCAGCUAUACAGCAAUCCUUUACAAAUACUGUGGAGGCAGACCCUGAAAUUUCUAUUGCAUUUGCAGCCAUCAAAACUCUGCUGAAAGAUCUUGAAACACAUGAAGUGGAGACAUUGGCUGAGUUAAUGAAGAGGAUGAAGGAGCUACAGAAGAUCCUGAUGCUCAGCGAGAAGGCCGGCGCCUCCGUGUCGUCCGGCACCGAACUCUUCCUUCGUUUCAUCACGUUGGCUUCGUUAGAAUACCCGGAGCUGCGUGAGAGCCGACGCAUUAUGAUUGAGCGAGGAAAGGCCUUCCUGCGCAUGAACGCCGGGGCGCGCGAGAAGAUUGCCCGUGUCUGUGGGCCCUUCAUCAUGGACGACAUGACCCUGCUGACCCACUCCAGAUCUCGUGCCGUCAGGGACGCCUUGAUAGAAGCCAAGAAGAACGGCAAAAACUUCCGCGUUUUUGUCACGGAGAGCUGUCCUGACCACAGCGGCGAGAAGCUACAGAAGGAGCUCAGCAGGGCCGGCAUCAGUUGCACGCUGGUGCUGGACGCGGCCGUCGCCUACGUCAUGGAGAGGGUCGACUGCGUGCUGGUGGGCGCCGAGGGCGUGGUUGAGAACGGCGGCAUCAUCAACAAGAUCGGCAACCUGAACGUGGCCAUGUGCGCACACGCCUUCAAGCGGCCGCUGUAUGUGCUGGCAGAGUGCAUCAAGUUCGUUCGCCUUUACCCGCUCAGCCAGCAGGAGGUGCCCAACGACUUCAAGUACUCGGCCUCACGCCGCACGGCGCCGCACCGGCCGGACGACGCCUCGCAGCCGACCCACCCGCUGGUCGACUACACGCCGCCGCGCUACAUCACGCUGCUCUUCACAGACCUGGGCGUUCUGACGCCGGCUGCCGUCUCCGAACAGCUCAUUCAGCUGUACAUGUGAGCCGGCCGCACCGCCGGACGACCGGCUCACCGGGCGGGCCGUGCGGACCGGCGGCUCCGACUGUUGUGCGCGCUGCACGCGGUUCGCCAGAUAGCCCCAACAGCUAUGGCUUCAUGGGAUCGCUGGUGGUGUUACUGUGGAGAGUGCGGGGGCGUUCGUUGAUCGCCUUUGAGAACAAUGCCCGGUUGAAGACGCAAAUGCGUGGGUUACAGUGAUAGGUUUUUACGUAUUUGUGGUGUAUGUGUACACUGUGAAUAAAACGCAAAGAUAGUAUUGUUCUCGAGCAUUUAUUCGCCAAUACACUUCGCCCAGUA